AUGCCUCAUUUUUCUCGUGUAGGUGAACUCCACUACGAUCACGAGAUCGAAAACAUAGUUUGCCGCUUGAGGAAAGAAGCCAAGCAACGUCGCAACCAAUCAGCAUCACUCCCAACUCCCAGAGUGAAGUCAGCUGCAGAGAUUGUUGAGCCAUCUAACCAUCUUGAAGAAGAAGUCAUGGCCAACAACGAAGGGAGAACUCUAAGAGAGCUAGCUGCACCGGGUCUGCACCAACAACCUCUUUGCAUCGAAUAUGCAGAUCUAGCGGUACCUUUCGAACUCAAAUCUGGUCUUAUACACUUACUUCCUACUUUUUGUGGACUUUCAGGUGAAGAUCCCCACAAACACUUAACAGAAUUCCAUGUAGUAUGCUUAAGCAUGAAACCUCAAGGUAUUACCGAGGAACAAAUCAAGCUGCGUGCCUUUCCUUUCUCAUUAGAUGAUAAAGCUAAGGAUUGGCUUUACUACUUACCCUCCAGUUCUAUCACCACAUGGAACGAUGUGAAAAGGCAAUUUCUUGGAAAGUUCUUCCCUGCCUCCCGAACUGCUAACAUCAAAAAGGAGAUCUGUGGUAUAAGACAAUUCAGUGGGGAAACUCUCUACGAAUACUGGGAGAGAUUUAAGCAACUCUGUGCCAGUUGUCCGGAACAUCAGAUUCCAGACCAGCUCCUUAUCCAAUAUUUCUAUGAAGGGUUAUUGUCGAUGGAUAGGAGUAUGAUUGAUGCAGCAAGCGGAGGUGUGUUGGUGGACAAAACUCUUACCCAAGCAGGAGAAUUGAUCUCGAAUAUGGCGGCCAACUCUCAACAGUUCAGCUAUAGGUUCUACCCUCCAGCAAACCAUGCUAAUAAGGUAAACAUCUCUCCCCUAGAACAACAAAUUGCAAGUCUGACCUCUCUUGUCCGUCAAAUGAUUGUAGGUAAUAUUGAAAUGGUGAAGGCUUGCGGGAUUUGUUCAACUACGGGACAUCCAACCAACAUGUGCCCUACACUUCAAGAUGAACCCUAUGAACAAGCCAAUACUGUUGGAGGCUUCUCACAAAAGAGAUACGUUCCCUACUCAAAUACCUACAGUGCAGGAUGGAGGGAUCAUCCUAACCUUAGCUACGGAGCCAAGCCCUUCGACUUCCAACAACAAUAUCAGUCUAGACCACCGGCUCCACAAUAUUCAUCGUCUAACCCAGGUAUGUCUCUAGAUGAAAUUGUUAAAGAACUUGCAACUAACACUCAACAAUUUCAACAAGAGACAAGGACAAACAUCCAAAACUUGGAGAAUCAGGUCAGCCAAUUGGCAACUGCUAUGAGUCGAAUGGAAUCUCAAGUAUCAGGAAGGCUACCCUCCCAAACCAUGGUCAACCCAAAGCAGAAUGUUAGUGCCAUCACCUUGAGAAGCGGAAAUGAGCUGAAUAGACCUAGCAAGGAAGUGCUUAAGAAUACAACUGAAGAGGAAAUAGAAAAGGAAGCACUGCCACCCCAAACUCAAGAUCCAGGCGGUAAAAAGCCCUAA